AUGUCGGACGUUGGCGAGCUUCAAGCUGAUGGAAAGGGCUUUUUGGAGCCGUACUUACCACAGCAUGCUUGCAAUACAACCGACGAUGAAACCCUUUCUCUCAACUCGCGGACCUCUAACAGCCCGCGGAGACCAUCUGCCAAACAUGGCGAUUUGCCAUUCGUGACUUUGGCAUAUGCAUCUUCCCUGGACAGCAUGAUUGCGCUGGCCCCGGGAGCCAGGACCACACUGUCCGGACCGGAGACGAAGUGCAUGACACACUUUCUGCGCCUUCGGCACGAUGCCAUUCUGAUCGGUGCAGGCACUGCUGUCACGGACGACCCAGGACUCAAUUGCCGCUAUCCGGGCGCGACCUUGGUCGAUCAGCCGCAGCCAGUAAUCGUGGACCCGAACGGACGCUGGACAGUGCAGGACAAGAAGGCGACGCGCUUGGCGAUCGAACGUGCUGGCAAAGCUCCGUGGGUCGUUGCCCGUCAGAGGACUGCCUCUGCUGAACCCCUCGAAGCCAUCGGAGGGAAAGUACUGCUCUUUGAUCAGAGUGCUCUGGACUCUGCGAGCCAGUCCGACAUUUCCUGGCACACGAUACUACGCCAACUCAAGCAGAAUGGCAUAGAAAGCGUUAUGAUCGAGGGCGGUGCUACAGUCAUCAAUGCCUUGCUUGCACUACCGGACCUUGUUGAUGCUGUUAUCAUCACUAUUGCUCCUACCUUUCUGGGUCAGGGUGGCGUAGCAGUCUCACCUCCUGCGAAGGGAGCCGGACGUGAUCGUACAAAUGCUGCGUGGCUUCAACAGACUUCAUGGAGACAAUUUGGUAACGAUGUCGUUCUUUGCGGCAGACUGGCAACAUGA